AAUGUUUAUACUUUUGCCAAUUCAGUUCCAUUUUAAUCGCUGAAUCGAAAUGUUGUUGAAUAAGACAUACAGACAUGUGGCAAUCGGCCUGAUUGUCAUGGGAUUGGCUUUGGUCACGUUUGCCUAUCCCUAUCAGUUGCAGGGUUUCUUAAAUGUUAUUCAAGGACUGCAGGGGACGGCAACAGUGGCUCUGCUCUUUGGCAUUCUCAAGAAGGAUCCAAUUCAUAAGGAUAAAUUCCUGCUCUUCUGGCUUGUCUCCACGGCAGUCUUCUUCUUUUCACUCUUCUUCUGCAGUUUCAACUAUAUAAGUAACGACUUUUACGCGUACUACUUUUUCAGUUCAUUAAUGACUCUUCUGGCCCAGUGGAUAGCUACAGCUGCCGUGGGGUGUUUUAUGUACCUCAUGUAUCAGGAAUAUGUAGAGCUCACGGAAAACAACAGAGUAGCCGGACUCUCCCUGUCAACGGCCAAUGUAAUCAGUCCGACAUUUGAGACAAAGGAAACCCCUCCGCCGUAUAUUGCCCCCACCUCAGAGAAUUUGACGGUUUCGAUUCAGAGUUAAGAUAAGAGAUUAUCUUGUAUAUUGUACGGAAAAUUAAAUAAAAGUUGUUUCGACCAGAGC